AUGAGAAGUGAGAACGAACCCACAUUGUAUGUGAAGAAGGAAAGUGAUAAUUUCAUCAUUGUAUGUCUUUAUGUUGAUGAUAUCAUUUACACUAGUUCUUCUAAUUUUCUUGUGGAUAAUUUCAAGUCUCAAAUGAUGAAUGAGUUUGAGAUGUCGGAUAUGGGGUUAUUACAUUAUUUUCUUGGCCUUGAAGUCCACCAAACCGAUGAUGGAAUAUUUCUUUCACAAAGGAAAUAUGACAGAGACCUCAAUAAAUUUGGCAUGCUUAAUUGCAAGCCUGCAGCGACACCAAUGAAUAUAAAUGAAAAGUUGCAGCAAGUGAAUGAAGAAGAAGAGUUGAUAGAUGCAAGGAGGUUCAGAAGCUUGGUUGGAGGUCUAAUAUAUUUGACGCACACUAGACCCGAUAUUGCAUUCUCUGUUGGUGUUGUUUCCAGGUUUAUGCAUCAACCUUCAAAGGUACAUUAUGGAGCAGCAAAGAGAAUCUUGCGGUACAUUGGUGGAACUUUGGACUUUGGCAUUUGGUACUCACGUACCAAUAAUUUCAAAUUGUGUGGGUACACGGAUAGCGACUAUGGAAGUUCAUUGGAUGAUAGACGAAGUCUUUCAGCAAAUGUUUUCACUCUAGGCUCAGACGCAGUGACUUGGAGUUCAAAGAAGCAAGCUACGGCAACAUUGUCAACCUUAGAAACUGAGUAUGUUGCAGUAACUUCAGCAGCUUGUCAAGCAGUCUGGCUAAGAAGAGUGCUAGCAGAUCUUUAA